CGUGUUACAUCAGUGGGGCGUGUAUGCGAAAACCAAUCUGUGCCUCCAUCAUGGUCGAGACAAACUGGUCCGUAUUUCGAGUGUUGAAAAAAUUGAAACUCUCAAUUAUUUUGGCCUUUCUCAUCGUUUACAUGACGGGCUGCAAUAAGAUUGCUCAUUGGACCCUUGGGAAGCAUGAAGAACAGUCGAAAGUCAUCGUUGAGAAAUGGCUCGGUGGCUCCAAUCAAGAGAUCUUAUCUCAAGCGGACCUCUAUCAAAAUGACGAGGAUUUCGAUAACGAGGCCAUCCUCAAAUCCCCUCCAUAUACAAAGAUGACCAAGAAAUCUCAUCGGCUGGACGAUGAUUAUGGAGACUUGGAAAUCACGUUCCAAGACCUUCAUGACACACGAGAGAGCAUCUUGGCAGUCUUGGACGGAAUAUCUACCGAGAGUGACAACAUCUUCUUUGUGGAAUUCAAUGAUCAGAAGCCCGAGUACCAUUGUAUCGAGCUAUGCUCUAUUGAAAGUGCUAGACUUCAAAAUCCCGGGGCUCAGAUUUACAUCAUCUUGAAUGGGAUGGAAAGGGACAUUUUUGGAGCGUCAAAUCCUUUAGAACAUCACAAACAUAUUCGAGUGAUCAACAUGAACUUGAAAGAGUUUCUGUACCAGGAGAUGGCGGUGACUUUCGAAACCAGCUUUAACAAGAGUACUGUCAUUCAAUCUCCGGAAAUGAGAGAGUUAGUUCGGAGCUUACUUUUGUAUCACAAGGGGGGCGUGUCGUUGGAGGCUGACACAAUUAGUGUCCGACCAUUGCCAUUCAACGACAAUAACUUUUUAAGUUUGAGCAAUAAUGGUUUCGUGAACGCAGGUGUUCUCCGAUUCCAGCCUAAACAUGAGUUUCUGGCCAAAGUUUUGGAAUAUGAUAUUGACUUGAAUAAUUCACUCCUAAAUCUUGAACCAAAAAAAUCCAUUUUUCAAUCUGUUUUUGACGAAUUUUGUCACAUAGAGGACUCUGAGUCGAAAAAUAAACGUGAUGCCAAACAUACGUGCCCGUCAAGUUGGGAAACGCAUCUUUUCUCAGCGGUGGACAUGUUUGCCACCGAUUCAUGGCACUCGAGUCGAGGGAAAUUGGCAUGGCAAGCUAAAGGCAAGGAAAGGCAUCCUUUGACCACUCUGAUGCAUCUACAAGAUCUUCCCAAGGCGAUUUGCGACUCUCUGGAGGAAGUGGAACUUCCUAACAUGCUUACUGCAAUGAUGAGAUCGGCUUGUCCUAACACGUUCCAGAUCAUUAGCUCCAAAGUUGAUGAUGAUCUUUCAUGGACUUGAAAUGACAAAUGAAAUUCAAAAUUAAGGAGGAAUCUAUGAUCCUAAUUUAUUGAUUAGAUCUAAGCAUUCUUGAGCCUCGUCAGCCACCUCCGGAUUUUUCUGCUGACCAGCAAUAACUUUAGCUCUUGUACAAGCAAUUCGAGCCUCUUUUUGCAUACUCUGAAAUCAAGCAAAGAUUAAUCAAUGUGAAUGUCAGAAAUAAAUGAGUUGCAGUA